CAAUGAACUGAUUAGUUGAGCCACCAGUUAUUUUAAUCUAUAUAUAUAUACUGUAAAAUGGUAAUAUUUUACACAAGUCUUCGAAGCGCUCCGCUACCGGAAGUGAUGUGUCCUUUCCCCCCCUCCCCCUCCUCCUUGAACGAGCGAAACUGCACACAAAUGAAUACGGCUUUAAACUCGAAUAUGUGGUUUGUGUGUUUAAUGUAAUAUAUUAUCCAUUCUCCGCCUCGAAUUAUGAAAUGCCGAUCAUGAAAGCGGGUGUGCGAUGGCCGGGGCAGACUAGUGCCUAAAUGAGGAGACACCGGACGCUGUUUAGUAGCAUCGGGACCGUGUCAGACCACUUGCUCUCAUGAAUUUGGUACUUCUGUUGCAUUUGGUCUGUAUUCGGACUGCAAAUGCGGACUUCUUCAAUUUUGAUAGCAUUUCUAAUGUUUCCACUUAUUAUUUUAAUUAUUUUUAUUGCAAUAUAUGGGAGGGGGAGUGUCAGCCAAAUCAAGAUGAUGCUACACAGCAAGGUAAGACUGCUAAAUUGUAUCGCUUGCACUUUUUUAGGAUUACUACCCCAUAUUUUAGAGUAGCCCACCUGGCUAACGUUACAAUCUCGCUAUCUUUGUAUAUGUAUUUUUUCGCAGUGCCAUCAAGGGACCUGUGGGCAAGUUUCCCCCAGGACUACGUCAACCUGCUUCAUCAGUGGUACUGUAGCUUGGGGCAGUGCUGUGAAUCUGGAGACUGCAGGAUAACUAACAAUGUAACAGGUUUGUCUAAAGACCUUCAAACUCAGCUUCAUGGACAACAUCUGGCCCAGUCAGUGGUUCUUAAAGCCAUCCAAGGAUUUAUCAACAAUCCAGACUCCAAUAAGCCACUCACUCUUUCAUUCCAUGGCUGGUCUGGUACAGGCAAGAACUUUGUGGCUAGAAUGAUUGCAGACAACCUUUACCGGGAUGGGGUGAAGAGUGAGUGUGUCCGACUGUUCAUCGCCCCAUUCCACUUUCCCCAUGCUAGACUCGUGGACACGUACAAGGGCCAACUGCGAGAGGCGAUAAGAGACAUGGUGCUCCGCUGUCCUCAAACUUUGUUUAUCUUUGAUGAAGCCGAGAAACUUCAUCCGGGGUUGAUUGAUGCCAUUAAACCCUUUAUGGAUCAUUAUGACAAUGUGGAUGGCGUGAGUUACCGCAGAGCGAUAUUCCUCUUUCUCAGUAAUAUCGGUGGUGCAGCAAUAAAUGAUGUUGCUCUGGACUUUUGGCAUUCUGGACAAAAUCGAGAAGACAUUGGGAUGGAAGACCUGGAGCACCGGCUUCGAGCUGAAACAAUAGAGUCUGAGGGUGGUUUUGCUCAGAGCGAGCUAAUGUCUGGGCAUUUGAUUGAUUUCUAUGUGCCGUUCCUUCCUUUGGAGUAUCGCCACAUCAAGCUUUGUGCAAGGGAUGCCUUUGCAGCUCGAGGCCUUGACGCUGAUGAAGACACACUGGAUGAAGUUGCUAAAGCCAUGUUAUAUGUACCAAAGGAAGAGAGACUUUUUUCAGCACAGGGUUGCAAAUCUAUACCGCAGCGAAUUAACUUUUUUCUACCAUAGAAAAAGGCAUGGUGUUAAAAAGCAGAGAGGAGACUUACCUGCUGUCAAAGGAAGGUAUGUCCUCUUGUGUUUGUGCAUUAUAUAAUACCUCUAUGACACCACUGGUGUCUACGAUUCAGGUCCUACUAAGAGUGGAAUACACACAGUAUGUGUGUUAAGAAGAAAAUCACUCAUUGUGCAAUAAUGAGUGUAGGCAAAAAGAGAAUAUCCCUUGAGGAGUAGGCCUAGACAGAAAGACAGAGCGGCGUGCUGCAAGGUUUUGGAAGGAGAAUUUUUGAUUGCUUUUGUAUUGCCACAUUAUUGUUAUUUUAUUUUAUUUUAUUUUUUGUUUCUCAUUGCUCAUUACAGAAUAUAAAACACAAACAAAUUCCUGUUACAUUGUAAUUAUUUAUAUUGUGUAAAAUAUUUGACAUAUCUAAAAUGUUCUAAGGUCAUACUAGAAACUUCAUGACCCAAGAUGGCUUAGAUGCUUUUAACCUCCGUUAAGUAUUUUGAUUGUAUUUUGUUUGAAGACUUUAUUGUCGAGGGAACCUUUCUUGUGUCAUACAGCAUGUUACAUGUCUUUGUUUUGAGUUAAUAUAAUUGACAUAUUUGUACCAUAUUUUUUUCACAAACACUGUUAUUAGUACAUAGAAAUUGUGUGUGAACGUGUUUUAUGUUCUUGUACUGAUUCUAUUUAUUUUAAAGGUAAGAGUUGGCUUUUAUUUUAUUUUGUGUAUGGACUGUGUCAAGAUACUCAGUUAGAAAGAAUUAAUUUUGUCAAGAGUGAAUGGAAAUAAAGAAAAAAACUUUUUUUUU